AUGGAGAAAUACCGGCAAUUUGCCGAUGGAGGUACCGGUGUCAAUCCGUUUGUGCCAGCGUGGUCGCACCACAAGUCCGGGUUGGUCAUGCAGUGCGCCAAGCUGGUCCUUCUGCCACUGGCAUUGCUUCGUCUGUGCAUGGUCGCCACGGCAUUUCUAUGGCUAGUACUGGCGGAGCUGCUGUGUUGGCCACUGGGCUUCCUUCCCAUUGUCAGGCGUCCGCUGCAUUGGCUGCUGUCCUACGCUGGCUGUAGUCUGGCCUUACUGGGCCUGGGCUUCUGGUUCACAGCCGGAGGUCACGUGCUAGCAGAUCAUAGACGGUUGAAGCUUGCACCACCGAAGGUGAACAGUUCCUCUUGUUAUGAUGCGCGGCGAGGGUGCUUGGUGCUUUCGAAUGCGCAAGGACUGACUGACGUGCUCUACCUGGGUAUGAGGCUGUGUCCGGUCUUUGUCUUUCCUGCAGCUGAUGGAUCGCCUGUGCCCUACUACUCGGUGCUCGGGGCGCUUCGCAGGGCUGGUGCUCGUCGGGCUUCAGCGUCCGUGGAUACGCCGCAGUCUUUGAAAGACAUUGCCGAAGCAGCCCGCACAGGCUGGCGGGGUCCGGUUGUUGUGUUCCCUGAGGGAGCACGAACCAAUGGGACGGCAGUGCUUGCCUGGAAGAAAAGCACUUUCCAGGGCUUGGAAAGCUUUGAGAAACCCGUGGGCACUGCGCUGGUGACCCUGGAAUACAACAAAGCAGGGGCGUACACUCCCCAUCAUACCAUUGGAACCAUGUUCAAGCAUAUCCUGUUCUUGUGCAUCCAGCCAUUUCACUCGGUCAAGAGUACCUGGCUCCCGGCUAGUGAUGUGGCAACUGCUGUGAAGGGCAAGCCUGUGCCGGAGUCGAUGGUUCUCCUCAGGUCAGUCCUCACAAGGAUGAUUGCAGGUGCCGUCGAAGUGGAUGUGUAUGCUGAGAAGCAUCAAGAGUUCAUGGCGUUUUGGGAAGCUUCGCAGAAGAAAGGCUACACCAAAGCAACGAAGAAGUCAUGA